CGCCGCCACGCCACUGCGCCGACUUUGCCCUUUAAAUCGGUCUCCAAGCCGAUUACAGCUGAUCUCCCACGUGACGUUUUACCUUCUGUCUCCCGGAGCGCGUUGCCCGAGGACAGUCCUUCUCUGCUGCCGCGCAUCGCACCGCCCAGCCCGCCGCGGGGGCUCGGCGCCCGCAACUUUGGGCGAAGCGGCGGCGGGUUCCGGUGCCCUCGGGGACCGCUCUCCACCCAGGCGUCCCAGGCUCGGCGACUUUCGUCUCGAGGGUAGGGCGGCGAUCUGGGCGAAGAACGUGUCCCAGACCCUGCUCUGCGCCUCUUAGACCCACGCGCGGCCGCUCCCCGGGGACGGGCAGGGUGCCCUGCGCGCUGUGUCGGGAAAGGGGGCGCCCUACGCCAGCCAGCACCAGAGCAGGCGUGCCCUCGGGGGAGACUGCCGAGCGAUGGCCCUGAGGCUGGGGUGAAGCGGGAGGCCAACCGAACCUCCCUAGCCUUCUCACCAUGCAGAAGAGCGUGCGCUACAACGAGGGGCACGCCCUGUACCUGGCCUUCCUUGCGCGCAAGGAGGGCACGAAGCGCGGCUUCCUGAGCAAGAAGGCGGCGGAGGCGAGUCGCUGGCACGAGAAGUGGUUUGCUCUUUACCAAAAUGUGCUCUUCUACUUCGAGGGCGAGCAGAGCGGCCGCCCGGCGGGCAUGUACCUCCUGGAGGGCUGUAGCUGCGAACGGACACCCGCGCCACCCAGGGCAGGCGCCGGACCUGGAGGGGCCCGGGACACUCUGGACAAGCAGUAUUACUUUACUGUUCUUUUUGGCCAUGAAGGUCAGAAGCCACUGGAGCUGCGCUGUGAGGAGGAGCAGGAUGGUAAAGAGUGGAUGGAGGCUAUUCACCAAGCCAGUUAUGCAGACAUUUUGAUUGAGAGGGAAGUCUUGAUGCAGAAGUACAUUCAUCUAGUCCAGAUCGUAGAAACAGAAAAAAUUGCAGCUAACCAACUCCGACAUCAACUUGAAGAUCAAGAUACUGAAAUCGAAAGGCUUAAAUCAGAGAUUAUUGCUCUUAAUAAAACCAAGGAACGAAUGCGCCCUUACCAAAGCAACCAAGAAGAUGAGGAUCCAGACAUCAAGAAGAUUAAAAAGGUUCAGAGCUUCAUGCGAGGGUGGUUGUGCAGAAGGAAAUGGAAGACCAUCGUGCAAGACUACAUUUGUUCUCCUCAUGCUGAGAGUAUGAGGAAGAGAAACCAGAUCGUUUUCACCAUGGUGGAGGCCGAGUCUGAGUACGUGCACCAGCUCUACAUCCUGGUCAAUGGCUUCCUGCGGCCCCUGCGGAUGGCCGCCAGCUCCAAGAAGCCGCCCAUCAGCCACGACGACGUCAGCAGUAUUUUUCUCAACAGUGAAACCAUCAUGUUUCUUCAUGAAAUAUUUCACCAAGGACUAAAGGCAAGGAUUGCAAACUGGCCUACUUUAAUUUUAGCUGAUCUGUUUGAUAUUUUGCUCCCCAUGCUGAACAUUUAUCAAGAAUUUGUGCGAAAUCACCAGUACAGCCUCCAAGUCCUUGCCAACUGUAAGCAAAACAGAGAUUUUGACAAACUCUUAAAACAAUAUGAAGCCAACCCUGCCUGUGAGGGAAGGAUGCUGGAAACGUUCUUGACCUAUCCAAUGUUUCAGAUCCCCAGGUAUAUCAUCACACUGCAUGAACUCCUGGCUCACACACCCCAUGAGCAUGUGGAAAGGAAGAGUCUGGAGUUUGCUAAAUCAAAGCUAGAGGAGCUGUCCAGGGUGAUGCACGAUGAAGUGAGUGACACAGAAAAUAUAAGGAAAAACCUUGCCAUCGAAAGGAUGAUAGUAGAGGGCUGCGACAUUUUGCUGGACACUAGCCAAACUUUCAUCCGCCAAGGUUCUCUUAUACAAGUACCUUCUGUUGAGCGGGGGAAACUUAGUAAAGUUCGCCUGGGUUCACUGUCUUUGAAAAAGGAAGGAGAGAGACAGUGCUUCUUAUUUACAAAACACUUUUUAAUUUGUACAAGAAGUUCAGGAGGAAAACUGCAUCUGCUCAAGACAGGUGGGGUCCUCUCUCUCAUAGAAUGUACAUUGAUUGAAGAGCCUGAUGCAAGUGAUGAUGACUCCAAGGGUUCUGGGCACAUGUUUGGACACCUGGAUUUUAAGAUAGUGGUGGAGCCUCCUGAUGCUGCCUCUUUCACUGUGGUCUUAUUAGCACCUUCGCGCCAGGAGAAAGCUGCCUGGAUGAGUGACAUCAGUCAGUGUGUGGACAAUAUACGAUGUAAUGGUUUAAUGACUAUAGUAUUUGAAGAAAAUUCCAAAGUUACUGUGCCACAUAUGAUUAAGUCUGAUGCCCGUCUUCAUAAAGAUGAUACAGACAUUUGCUUCAGUAAAACCCUUAACUCCUGCAAAGUGCCCCAGAUCCGUUAUGCCAGCGUGGAGCGUCUCCUGGAGCGGCUGACUGAUUUGCGGUUUCUGAGCAUCGAUUUCCUCAACACCUUCCUGCAUACAUAUCGCAUUUUCACCACGGCCACUGUGGUGCUGGCGAAGCUCUCUGACAUAUACAAGAGGCCCUUCACCUCCAUCCCUGUCAGGUCACUGGAAUUGUUUUUUGCUACCAGUCAGAACAACAGAGGUGAACAUUUGGUGGAUGGAAAAUCCCCACGUUUGUGUCGCAAAUUCUCUUCCCCACCACCACUGGCAGUGUCCAGAACAUCCUCCCCAGUGAGGGCCAGAAAGCUGUCCUUGACUUCUCCCUUGAACUCAAGGAUAGGAGCCUUGGACCUGACCACCUCCUCGACAUCCAGCAGUCCUACCACCACCCAUAGCCCCACAGCAUCCCCACCGCCGCACACUGGUAAAGUACCAUUGGAUCUUAGCAGAGGCCUCUCUUCUCCAGAGCAAAGCCCGGGAUCCAUAGAAGAGAAUGUAGAUAACCCCCGCGUGGAUCUGUGUAACAAGCUAAAACGAAGUAUUCAAAAAGCAGCAGUCUUGGAGUCUGCCCCAGCAGACCGAGCAGGAAUGGAAAGCUCCCCAGCAGCAGAUGCCACAGAACUUUCACCUUGCAGGUCCCCCUCGACUCCCCGGCACCUCCGCUAUCGCCAACCUGGAGGACAGACAGCUGACAAUGCCCACUGCUCUGUUUCGCCAGCUUCCGCUUUUGCAAUUGCCACGGCAGCAGCAGGACAUGGGAGUCCACCAGGGUUUAACAACACCGAGAGAACAUGUGACAAAGAGUUUAUCAUACGGAGAACAGCCACCAACAGAGUCCUGAAUGUCCUCCGUCACUGGGUCUCAAAGCAUGCACAGGAUUUUGAACUCAACAACGAACUAAAGAUGAAUGUCCUAAAUUUGCUAGAAGAAGUCUUACGAGACCCAGACCUUCUUCCCCAGGAAAGGAAAGCCACAGCCAAUAUCCUGAGGGCCCUUUCACAAGAUGAUCAAGAUGACAUUCACCUAAAAUUAGAAGACAUAAUUCAAAUGACUGACUGUCCAAAGGCCGAGUGCUUUGAGAGCUUAUCAGCCAUGGAGCUGGCUGAGCAGAUCACCCUCCUAGACCACGUCAUUUUCAGAAGCAUUCCUUAUGAAGAGUUUCUUGGGCAGGGAUGGAUGAAGCUGGAUAAAAAUGAAAGAACACCUUACAUUAUGAAAAACAGCCAACACUUUAAUGAUAUGAGUAACCUGGUGGCCUCCCAGAUAAUGAAUUACGCUGAUGUCAGCUCCCGUGCCAACGCCAUCGAGAAGUGGGUGGCAGUGGCGGACAUUUGCAGAUGCCUGCACAACUACAAUGGCGUGCUGGAGAUCACCUCGGCCUUAAACAGAAGUGCCAUCUACAGGCUGAAGAAAACCUGGGCCAAGGUGUCCAAGCAGACGAAAGCUCUAAUGGACAAACUUCAGAAGACGGUUUCAUCUGAAGGAAGAUUUAAAAAUCUCAGAGAAACCCUUAAAAAUUGUAACCCCCCAGCAGUUCCUUACCUUGGAAUGUACUUGACAGACUUGGCAUUUAUUGAAGAAGGAACACCCAACUUUACCGAAGAAGGCCUUGUCAAUUUUUCCAAAAUGAGAAUGAUAUCACACAUUAUCCGAGAGAUACGACAGUUCCAGCAGACUGCCUACCGAAUAGACCAUCAACCAAAGGUCACACAGUACUUGCUUGACAAAGCCCUCAUCAUAGAUGAAGAUACGCUUUAUGAGCUGUCACUAAAAAUUGAACCUCGACUCCCUGCUUGAAGAUCUGGCCUUGCCCCGAGACCUCGGCGUUUCCAUGGAAAGGGAACAGUCAGAACUGUGCAUGCCAUGCCUCACACGGUGCAGCAGGGACUGGGGAAAGGUGAAGCCAGUCUCCUGUCUCCACUGAAGAAGAUGGAACUGGACUGAGCCAACCCCAGCUGUGUGGGUCAAAGUCAGCUGCUUCAGCCCUGGGUGGGAAGAUGAAAAGACUGAUACUGUAAAGCUGAUGGUGCAUUUUAUGUAAGGGAAUGUAAGAUGGGAGAGGCUUGUAGCCACUUUCAUGAAGCUGGUAAGAAGGUAAAUUUCCCUCUGCCCCAUGUUCUGUUAGAACUUGGGGACAAGGGCCUGCAGAAAAGACCUGUGAUGUUUCUCUGGCACUUCACUGGCCUGGGCACAACUGCCAAUCUUUUCCUAGGAUUUAACUGCUUCCAUGACACUUCUUUCCAUUACAAGCUUCACAGGAAAGCCGAAGCCUCCUCUCUAGGGCCAACACAUCAGCAGUGCCAGUCUACAGCAUGUGCAUGGUUCUCAGUGCAUUAUAAAUAUUUAUAUUUGAGGAAUGGUAUGUUCUGAAACUGCCUUUUCAGUCUUUAGGCAACAGGACAGGAAAAAAAAAAAGAUAAAACUCAAGUGGAUUUGUUGGUAACAUUUCCUUAAUUAAAAACAUUAGGCUGUGCCCCAGAGGAUUUCAGUCUGUGGCCAUCUUGGGGUGAGGGUGGGGGCUUCUUCCUGAGAUUGGUGGUCCCAAGAAGCUACCCCCUUGGAGAGGCAGCUGCAGAAUUUGCAGAAAGGUGCAUGCCACCUCACCGACAAAACUGUGGAACAAGAUCAAAGGCCACCAAGUGCUAUGGGGAAUAAUGGGUUUCAUUGAUAAGUGAAAAUAUAUACCUAAAAACCA